AUGCCACAUGCAGCCUAUGUGAUCUCAGACACAGACCGUCGUGGUCUGGUGGUCGUUGUCGCCACUCUCUUCAUGUCCUGGAUGGUCCUGGUCAGUCUCUUCCGCAUCUACAUGCGCUUGACGAUCAUAGGGCCGUGGGGACUGGACGACUUGCUGGCAAUAUUCGCUGCUAUCUUGGGGAUCGCUAAUGUCGGGGUGACGAUGGAAGGUGUCAACGAGGGACUAGGAAGCACAGAGAAACAUCAAAGGGCAUCUCAAACCGAAGACUUAUAUGCUGCGAAUAUACUGUUCCUCGCUGGCCAUUGUGCAGCCAAACUUUCCGUUCUCUUUCUCUUGCAACGUCUGGGAAGGGAAAGAUCAUAUCUGAGGGCGUGUCAGGGAGUGAUGGUGGGAAUUGUUCUGUGGGCGGUGGUAUCGAUUCUGAUCGUUUCUUUGAAAUGUCCAUUUCGUCACCCGUGGCUCAUCGGCCAGUGUGCGAGCAUUCUCCCUCGAUGGCAAGCCAUCACCGUCCUCGAUGUCAUAACCGAACUUUCGUUGCUUAUCCUCAGUUUGUAUCUUGUGUGGCCGAUCCGUUUAACACGAAUGCGCAAGGCUGGUGUUAUCGGAGCGUUUGGGACGAGGAUCGGGAUUGUUAAUCUUUCCAUCGUGCGGCAAACCACACUGAACACCAUUGCACAUACCAACGACCUCCUUCUCGACAUCUCCGACGCAGUCAUCCUGACUCAGGUUCUCUUGCAUUGCAGUAUCAUGGCAGCAACAUUGCCCUGUCUCAAACCUUUUGUUGUGGCCUUUAAUACUGGUUGGGGUCAAGGCACAGUUGGGCAAGAUGGUGGUAGCUAUUACCAUCAGCCCAGUACGGCGUCAGCGACUGGGGAAAGGUCUCAUGCUGCUUCGGGGAAAGGAAGAUCGGAGACCUCACGGCAGAAAACUCGGGACAGGGUGGCUGUGAAUAGUUCGAGUCACCGGGACUCUCAAGAGUGGAUCAUUCAGGAGACACGAGAAUGGUCGUUGCGGUAUGAGACGAUCGAGAUGAAGCCAGUGGAUUCGAGAAGAUAAAUGAAUGGUGCUUUGGCUAUGUAUCGUCUGGUACGGCGGCUACCACCAAGAAUCUCGUAAUUAAUGCCUGAUGUGGUAUGUGGGUCAGUAGUCAUACUAGCGGUAACACUCGUAAGAUAUACUCUUUGCAGGCGAUGUACAGUGCCUGGCUCCGUGAUAUAGUCUCGCUGCUGGAAAAAAAAAAGGAAAGAAAGAAAUUAGCAGCUGGCGCAGUUGUAACUGUUUAACCAUGAUCUCUAUAAGAUAUAUGGACUUUGACGAGGGC